AUGUGGUUCGCCACGCUGGGUCGGCGCAGACCGCUUGCUAAGCUGCAGACGCUGAAGCAGAACACGGAGGCCGAGGAGGACGCCAAGGGUCGGCGGGAGGAGGCGGCGCUGCAGCCGGCCAGAAAUAGCCCGGCGCAGAAGUCUCGCUCCAUGGCGACGAUCCAGACGCAGACGUCACCGUCGGCGUCGCCGCGCGGCCGUCGGCACCGGCACCAUCACCACCGGCACCACUGCGCGGUGGAUGGCCAGCCGCCCGUGCCGCGCUCCAGAGCGAAGGACUCGGCGCGGCACUCGGCGGCGUCGGACGGCGGCGCCAGCCAGACGGACGGCGGCUCGCACCGCGGCUGCCGCUGCCGGCCCAAGCACGCCACGCUCGAGUCGCCGACCAAGCUGUACUCGCGCUCGGAGGGCUACAGCUUCAUGCAGCGCCGCGAGCGGCCGGCCGACGACGACUCCAUGCACGAGCGCUUCCUGCUGGGUGGCCUGCGCAGCGUCGAGUCGACGCCGCAGCCGCGCCGCCCGCCGGGCUCGACUCGCUCUGCACGCCCAUGA